AUGAAGCAGCGACUUACAUCCUUAGAUGUGAAGGUCAUCGCACACGAAUUGUCAACAGCAUUGGUUACUCUACGACUCCAAAAUAUAUAUGACCUGUCGACAAAGAUUUUUCUUGUUAAGUUUGCUAAACCAGGAAGCAAGCAGCAGAUUGUAAUUGAAAAUGGAUUUCGAUGUCAUCUCACUAAAUACGCUCGAACAACCGCAGCUACCCCAUCCAUCUUUGUACAAGGCUUACGAAAGCGACUGAAGACAAGAAGAGUUACCUCUGUGUCACAGAUAGGUAGUGACCGCAUCAUUGAAAUACAAUUUAGCGAUGGUCAAUACAGAAUAUUUCUUGAGUUCUUUGCUGCUGGUAAUAUAAUUCUUACCGAUAAUGACCUAAAAAUUAUCAGUUUAAUCCGGCCUGUACCGGAAAGUAAGGGACAAGAAGAGCUAAGAGUAGGUCUGCAGUAUUCUAUGGAAAAUAGACAAAAUUACAAGGAAACUCCAACUCUCGAUAAGCAACGUGUUUACGACGCGCUUGUAGAUUCGACUAAAAAAGAGAAUAUUGAAAAUCUGAGGGGCAAGAAACCAAAGAAAGAAUUGAGUAGUCUUAGAAAUGCUUUGGCAUUCUCUAUAACAGAGAUACCGCCAAUAUUGAUAGAACAUUGUAUGGAGGUCUCAGAAUUUGAUUCAAAGAUAGCUCCUAGCGAUGUAAUCCAGAGCGAAACACUCUUAGAUCACUUGACAGGGUCUUUAAAGCAAGCCCAGCUAAUUAUCAAUGAAGCCACUUCAGAAAACGUUGUAAAAGGAUAUAUUGUUGCUAAGAAGAAACCAGGCUUCGAUCAGGCUGAUGAAGCUACCGCCAGCCAAUUCCUAAUUUACGAUUCGUUUCACCCCUUUCGACCAGCUCAACACGAAAAGGAUCCAGAACUUACAUUUUUGGAGAUUAAAGGUUUCAAUAACACAGUAGAUGAAUUCUUUUCCUCACUAGAAGGGCAAAAGCUGGAAGCUAAGCUAGAGGAGCGAGAGCAAGUAGCUAGACAAAAAAUUGAAUCUGCUCGAAAUGAGCAGGCUAAGCGCCUCCAUGGUUUGCAAGAAAUCCAAUCUCUCAACGAGCGUAAGGCAGCGGCCAUUCAAGCCAAUAUAGAGCGAGUGCAGGAAGUCCAGGCUGCUGUCAACGGGCUCAUUGCCCAAGGUACGGACUGGGUAGAGAUCGGUAAGCUCAUUGAGCUUGAUCAACGGCAGGGAAAUCCUAUAGCCAUGAUGGUGAGCUUACCAUUGAAACUUGAUCAGAAUACUAUAACUCUUAAAUUAUGUGAGACAAAACUCAACGAAGAUAACGAGUCUGCAUACGAGACUGAUAGCACCGCUUCAGAAAGUGAUGAAGACCUCCAAAGCAAGAUGUCAAGAGAAGAUCUCGCCAACAAAAGAAUAUUGAUCGAUAUUGACUUAGGUAUUUCACCUUGGGCUAACGCUCGAGAGUAUUUUGGGGAACGAAGAACUGCAAUACAUAAAGAAGAGCGAACAAUAAAAUCUUCAAAAAUAGCUCUUAAAAGUCAAGAGGCGAAGAUCAAAGAAACUCUCCAAAAAGGGCUUAAAAAAGAAAAAGAAGUUCUCCGACCGAUUCGUCAAGCGUUAUGGUUCGAAAAGUUUUUUUGGUUUAUAUCCUCCGACGGCUACCUUGUUCUCGCGGCAAGGGACAAAUUACAAAGUGAGACUCUAUACAAAAAAUACCUUAAAAAAGGCGAUGUAUAUGUGCAUGCUGAUCUUCCUGGUGCAGCAAUUACCAUCAUAAAGAAUAGAGCAAAAAUAUCUAAUUGUCCCAUCCCUCCAUCUACUUUGAGCCAGGCGGGGACACUAGCAGUGGCCUGCUCAUCGGCUUGGGAGUCAAAGUCUAGUAUGUCUGCUUGGUGGGCUAAUGCUGAGCAGAUAUGCAAGACAGCACCAACAGGAGAUAUUCUUCCUGUAGGUAUCUUCCACGUUUGCGGGGCAAAAAGUUUUCUACCCGCAUCAGUUAUGGCGCUUGGAUUUGGGGCCCUCUUCCGAAUCAGUGAUGAGAGUUUAUCCAAACGUCUGAAACGAAGGAAUCAGGAUGAUACCCCAGACACUUCAUUGGUAGAAAGAGUGGCACAGUCAGAUGUCACAGUAGUUGACCUAUUACCUGAUAAAGAUGACUAUCAAAGUGAUGUAAAUAGAAAUGAAGCUGAAGCUGAAGUAGGCAAAGAAGGCAACGAUAUGGACCAUGAGGACAAUGAAAAUGAAAGCUCCGACUUAAACGAACCUGUAACUACAAGUCUAUUGCAGUCGAAAUCAACCAAUGAGCAGGAAGAAUCUGGCUCUAGAGAAUCCUUCCAACAGAUGCCCACUCUUAAUGUAAUAGACUGUCAUCUGCAGAAACAGCUGGAGCCUCCAAUUGAGUCUCAUGUUAAUACUUCAAACACCAAAGUUGAUAUGGCUCCUUCUGUGACUGCUAAAGCUGAAGGGCAAGUACCUCCUAAAAAUAUUUCCAGCAAGCGAGGAAAGAAGAGUAAGGCCAAGAAAAUUAUGACCAAAUACAAGUUCCAGGAAGAAGAAGACCGCAUUGCUGCUCAGCAGCUUAUCGGGUCUACUUUAGGUCAAGAAAAAGCUAAUAUAAAAGCAGUAGCUAAAGCUGCCCGUGAAGCUGAGCUUGAAUUUCAUGCGGCAAGGAAAAAAGCCCAGCAUCUAAAGUCUCAGAAAGAAGCAGUCGAAUUUGAAGAGCUACGUAAGCAUAUGCUCGAAGGUGAAUAUGAAGAAGAUGACGUAGAAGAAAACACAAUGAAUCUAGAGAAUCUAGUUGGGAUGCCAAAUAGAGGUGAUGAAAUAGUAGAUAUGAUACCCGUCUGCGCUCCAUUAACUGCAUUGAGGAACUACAAAUAUAGAGUCAAACUUCAUCCCGGAGCAAUGAAAAAGGGUAAAGCAAUCAAAGAUAUACUGGGUAAAUGGCUUUUAGAUGGCGAGAAAAAGGGGAUGCUUGAUGAGAAUAGCGAAGAUAGUGAAAAGAUUUGGCCGCGAGAGAUGGAACUUUUAAGAGGCUGGAAACCUGUUGAUAUUUCAGGAGUCGUACCCGUUAGCAAGGUUCGGGUCGUGACUUCUGGCGAAAGCGGGAAAGCCUCAAAGUCUGGGGGACCUAAAGCAAAGGCAAAGGGUGGCAAGAAAGGCUAA